AUGCGUAAUUCCUGUGCGCGAAGUUCGGGUCCGCCGUGGGCCGGGGGAGGGUUUAGGAGGGAGCGCACUUCCGGUGCCCUUUCUCCUGCGAGCACCUGAGCCUCGGACCCUCGUGAGAAGGUUGCGAUUUCUAAACUGGAGUGGGGUGGAGGCGGGCUGGCACCCCCUCCUGACCUUUGGUGCCGCCGGCCUCAGGAUCAGACAUGGCCCAGAACUUGAAGGAUUUAGCUGGACGGCUGCCCUCCGGGCCCCGAGGCAUGGGCACGGCGCUGAAGCUGUUGCUGGGGGCCGGCGCCGUGGCCUAUGGGGUCCGCGAGUCCGUGUUCACCGUGGAAGGCGGACAGAGAGCCAUCUUCUUUAAUCGGAUCGGUGGCGUGCAGCAGGACACCAUUCUCGCCGAGGGCCUUCACUUCAGGAUCCCCUGGUUCCAGUAUCCCAUCAUCUAUGACAUUCGAGCCAGACCCAGAAAAAUUUCUUCCCCCACAGGCUCCAAAGACCUGCAGAUGGUGAACAUCUCCCUGCGAGUGCUGUCUCGACCUAAUGCCUUGGAGCUUCCCAGCAUGUACCAGCGCCUAGGGCUGGACUACGAGGAGCGAGUUUUGCCGUCCAUUGUCAACGAGGUGCUCAAGAGUGUGGUGGCCAAGUUCAAUGCCUCGCAGCUGAUCACACAGCGGGCCCAGGUGUCCCUCUUGAUCCGACGAGAGCUGACAGAGAGGGCCAAGGACUUCAGCCUCAUCCUGGAUGACGUAGCCAUCACAGAGCUGAGCUUUAGCCGAGAAUACACUGCUGCUGUAGAAGCCAAACAAGUGGCCCAGCAGGAGGCCCAGCGUGCCCAGUUCUUGGUGGAAAAAGCAAAGCAAGAACAGCGACAGAAGAUCGUGCAGGCCGAGGGUGAGGCCGAGGCCGCCAAGAUGCUUGGAGAAGCACUGAGCAAGAACCCAGGCUACAUCAAGCUGCGCAAGAUCCGGGCAGCCCAGAACAUCUCCAAGACGAUUGCCGCAUCACAGAAUCGUAUCUAUCUUACUGCUGACAACCUUGUGCUGAACCUACAGGAUGAAAGUUUCACCCGGGGAAGUGACAGCCUCAUCAAGACUAAGAAAUGAACUUGGUGACCAAGCAUUUAACCCCCAGAGAAGAAGUGGAUCUGUUUCUCCCCUGGUGUUUGAGGAGCACACCCCCACCCUGCCCCUAGUAUCAUGUCAUGGUCCCCUCUGCAUCUGUCCUCCCAACCCUUCUCGGAUGAAUGAAUACUGACUGGUUUUCAGGGGAGUGACUUUUCUUCCUUCCAGUGUUGACUGGGGUUGUUGGGACAGUGUGUGAUUUCUCAGUGAUUUCCUACAGUGUUGGUUCCUCCCUUGAGGUUGGGAGGCGAUAACCACCAUCCAAGGAAUUCUCAAUAAAUUUUUAUUACUUAAGCUCAA